AUGAAUUCUCUAGAGUCUGUAGCCCAGUCUCUUGCUGGGCUGUCAAUCACCCCGUCCGCUAGCAUAACGCAUGCUGAAACAAAUUCCCCGGCAUCAUGGCGAGAAACGCUGCUUGCAACCUCAUCUGCGCCUAAAUCAUUCGAGCUGAUCAAAACGCUCGUAUACAAGCCAAAGACUGCAAAGACUGCAACUACAGUGCCUGUUAUUGUCAUCGCUCGCGAAGAGACCGAGACGAGCUCAUCAGCGCUCGGCAAGAAGCUCAACCUGAAGGAGCUGAGGCUGGCAUCGGAGGAUCUACUUGCUGAUUUUUUCGCGCUCGAUAAGAACUCUUUGUCGCUACUUUCAUUGACCAGUGAGACAUUUCCAAAGGUUGUUACUGUGAUCGAUGCAUCGAUCGCGUCCUCCUCAUCAUCGUUUGCGCUACACGCAAUGUCCUCGAGUGCAACUGUCUUCUUGUCCGGACAGGAUAUCAUCUCUUACCUCCGAAAGCUCGAAACUGAUGACGUGAAAGUCCAAGAAAUCGACUUCACUUCCCUAAAGGCUGACGUCGCUGCGGCUCCUUCAAAACCUGCUGCAAAAGCAAAGGAGGACGCGAAAAUUGACGGUGCCGUUCAGAUCGCCAUCGGUGUCAAGAAGGAAGUUGAUUUUUCCACGUGGUAUCAGAGCGUCUUAAUAAAAGCAGAAAUGCUCGAGUACUACAGUGUUAGCGGAUGCUAUAUUUUGAGGCCGUGGUCGUACAGUAUCUGGGAGGAGAUCCAAGACUGGUUCAACAAGAAAAUCAGGGCCAUGGGCGUUCAGAACGUAUACUUCCCUAUGCUUGUGUCGCAAAAGGUGCUCGAACGCGAGAAAGAUCACAUUGAGGGUUUCUCUCCGGAAGUCGCAUGGGUCACGAGAGCUGGGAGCUCUGAUCUUGAGGAGCCGGUGGCUAUUCGCCCGACAUCUGAGACUGUUAUGUAUCCUUAUUAUGCCAAAUGGAUAAAGAGUCAUCGAGACUUGCCGCUCAAAUUGAACCAAUGGAACAACGUCGUCCGAUGGGAGUUCAAGCAUCCGCAACCGUUCCUCCGUACUCGCGAGUUCCUGUGGCAGGAGGGCCAUACCGCCCAUCUUACCAAGGCCGAGGCUGAUAAGGAAGUCCGAGAGAUCCUCGAAUUGUACCGCCGCGUGUAUGAGGAACUUCUUGCCGUCCCUGUCAUUCCUGGCAUCAAGUCCGAGAAAGAGAAGUUCGCCGGCGCUCUCUAUACCACCACGAUUGAAGGCUUUGUUCCUUCCUCGGGCCGUGGUAUCCAGGCUGCUACGUCGCACUGCCUGGGCCAGAACUUCUCGCGCCCGGAAAUGUUCAACAUUAUGGUGGAGGACCCGAACGAUCUGUCUGGUCAAGGAAAGACUUAUGCAUGGCAAAACUCUUGGGGAUUGUCGACGCGGACGAUUGGUGUGAUGACUAUGGUUCAUGGCGACAACCAAGGCUUAGUUCUUCCUCCGCGAGUUGCGUCUGUCCAGGCUAUCGUAGUUCCGUGCGGUGUUACUGCAAAAACGAGCGACGAAGACAGAGCGAAGAUCAAUAAUGCCUGCGAUGACCUCGCAAAAUCGCUGAUAGAUGGGGGCGUCCGGGCGAAGGCAGAUCUUAGAGAGGGUUAUACCCCUGGAUAUAAAUUCAACGACUGGGAACAAAAGGGUGUCCCCCUUCGUCUGGAGAUAGGACCGAAUGACCUUGCGAAGCAGCAGACGUUGACUGUGCGCCGCGACACCGGUGCAAAGGUCCCCGUUGCUCUCGCUGACCUUGUUACCACGAUCCCGAAGAUGCUCGAGACCAUCCAGAACGACAUGUUCCAGCGCGCUCUCGCUGAGUACAAUGCACACCUAAAAGAAGUCACGCGAUGGGAGGACUUUGUCCCCACACUGGAUAGCAAGUGCAUCGCCGUCAUCCCGUGGUGCGAGCGUGAGGCGUGCGAGGAUGACAUCAAGGAACGGAGUGGUAGAGCGGCGGAACCGCAGGAUGAGCGUGCUCCGUCCGCCGGAGCCAAAUCCCUUGCUAUUCCGUUCGACCAGGAGCGAUUCUCCCCUCUCAAGGCGGGAGAAACGAACGAUUGGACCAUGUUUGGGAGAUCCUAUUAA